AUGGCUUUUUUAUUCGUUUUUAAAAUUGCUAUAUGUUUGGCUGUAAUUUAUUCACCUUUAUCAGCAGGUUCCAAAUUAAAUGUGCCAAGAGUUCUUCUUCCUUUAUUUCAUGAUUUCACUACUAAUUUUACAUUAGAAGUUAAAGAUAGUGGCUGUUACAAAUGGUCAACUCUUAGACCAAAUAUACUUAGUCUUAAGCAAUUAUACAUAGAUCCAGAAUUAGGUUGUUCUUCAGAAGUAGUUAUUUCUGCUAAAACCAAAGAAUUUCACAGAAACUCAGACACAGUCCUUGCUGAAGAUGUUCAUUCUGGUCAAAUUCUUAGAUGUGAAGUUAUCGUAGAUGUUAUUCAUUCAUUAAAUUUAUUCACUACAACACGUGAAAUAUUUUUAGAAGAAUCUCCUGAAUUAUUUGAAGUUCAAGCAUUUGAUGAUCAGGGAAACACUUUUAGUACACUUUUAGGAGUUGAAUUUAGUUGGAGUUUUCAAUCAGGAAAUCUUGGAAUCAAUAAGGCUAAUUUAAGUUCAGAAUGCCAUGUUGUUAGGCAUAUACCAUUUCACGAGUCACCUUAUGAAACUCCACCUUCAGUUGCCCAGUUUGAUAAAACAGAUUUAAAAGGGCAUAUAAUAUUGUUGGAAGGAGUACAAACAGGAAUAUGUACAAUCACUGUUUGCUUACCUUAUUAUGAAUACAGAGAUGUGACACCUGUUUCAGUUCAACUCAUGGUUUUAACCAAUUUGAUAAUUAAUCCACCAGAAGUCAGCAUUCUUCUUGGAGAUGAAGUUAACUACAAACUAUUUCAAGUACAACAUGGAAAAGUUAAUGAAAUAUUUUUCCCAUCAAAACAAUAUUACCUGCAAUCUGAGAAUUCAAAGUGUGUUUCGGUUAAUCCAAACACUGGUGUUGCUUAUGGAUUUUCUUAUUGUAAGACUAAAGUUAUAUUAAUUGACCGAAACGUUAUUUCUUCUAUUGGGAAUGAUAUCAAACCCUCCACUGCAACUAUAUACGUGACUCCUCCUCACCAACUCAUUCUUAGUAUUUUACCUUCUAAAAAAUGGGCUGUUAUUGUUGGCACAACUUAUGAAGUAGUCGUUGAAAUUUACAACGAAGAUGGGCGCAAAAUGUAUUUGGGAGACAGAGUUGAAGUUAAAUCAUUCAUUGACGAAGAAUAUUUUAAAAUUAAUAAUUUAUGCUCCAACGGAACUUAUUUUGCCGGCAUACCUCUGAAACCUGGCCAAGCCAAAGUAACAGCUGUUUUACUGGGAGUCAUAGAUUCAAAUGGAGCCAUGCGUAAAUCUGAUCAUUUGUCAGCCGAAGCUAUUAUGCAUAUUUAUAAUGCGAUAGAAGUUUCCCCUCCAGCUGUCUUUUUACCUUGGGACCCUGAAACUAAAUGCAAAUAUGAAAUUCCAUUAACAGUAACAGGAGGAGAUGGGAAUUUUUUGUGGACCAGUUCUAAUAAUACAAUUGCUGUCGUCACGCAAAUGGGUUUAGUCAAAACUUUGGAAGAAGGAAAUGUAGUGAUAUCUGCUUUAAUGACACAAAAUCACUAUAAUAAAGGAACGUCAGAAUUUUUCAUCACUAAACCGGUUCGUAUUGAAAUUUUAGAUUACAUAAUGGAGGCUCCAAUCGGGACACCGAUACAGUUAUUUAUUGUAUUAUAUGGAGUUAUUCGUGGCACAGAAAUGCCGUUUACAUUAUGCGAUGCUUUAACUUUUGAUGUAGGACUCAGUGACGAUAAUUUUGACUACAUUCCGGGUAACAGUUCUUUUCGUGUUGGCCCAUCCUGCGCUUCUAUUACACUUAUCGGUAAAUCUCCAGGAGCUACCAAAGUGUCAGUAAAUUACAAACACUUAGAAGCUACCACCGUAAUUGCUACGCACAGGAAAUUAGUCGUAUUUAAUCCUAAAUCUAGCACUACAAUAUUAGCAGUUGCUACUUCAAGGAAUAUAGCUUUUGUAGGCGGUCCUAGACCCUGGGCCAUAAGACCAUCAGAAAAUUCUCAUUAUUUAACGAAUAUAAUAGAUCCAAAGAAAGAAAAUUGGAACGAUGUUGUUGAAUUUAAAGAAAUAGUUGACAAAUCACAGUCACAACAUCGUGAUUUUUACGUUUAUCACGUAGUUUGCCUUAAGCUGGGAACAGUUACCUUAAAUUUAAAAGUAAUAAAUAAAAUACCAGCGUCAAAUAACAAGCCGACUGAAGAAUCCGUCAACGUAACCGUUAUUUGUGGCAAACCUAGGUAUCUAGUCCUAAUUCCGGUAAUCAAAAAGGCUGAUGCUAGCAAAUGUCCGAUGCAUUUAAGCUCCGAACGGAUAAUAUCUCAAAAUUACAAAGACAUAGAAUUAGAAAUAAUUGUCAACGAUGUGCAAGGGAACAAAUUUGACAACAUAUCUAGUUUGCUUAUAGAAUGGAGUCUCUCUCAUAAUUCAUUAGCGAAAUUAAUCAAUCCAACUGUUUUGAAAGCAGUUACUAUCAAAGAAGAAGGCAUUGCAUUUCCUUCUCGGUUUUAUCAAAUAAUUAAACCGAAAGGAAGAACAGGAGUCUUAGACGUAAAAGCCAAAGUAGUAGGUUACAAUAAGCAAAAUUUUGGAAAAUUCGACGUAAUUUUCGAAUGUCCUGCUUUUCCCGAAAAAAAUAAAAAGGGUCGUUUAGAAACACCCGAAAUAUGUGUUAACUUAAACAUAAUACUAGUCAACGAUACGAUUGUUAUUCCUAAUACCACCGAAAUAUAUAACCACGAAAGUUCAGUGGGCACCGUUCAAAUAUCUCAGGGAUCCGGAUUUUACGAUUUUCUUUUAAGCAUCAAAAAUAUUCUCAGUUUGAAAUAUUUAGAAGAAACGAGGUUUAUUGAACUUCGACCUUUAUCAGUCGGCAAAGUUACCAUAUCGAUAGUGGAUCUAUGUUUAGAGUCAAAACCUGUUUUAUUAGAAGUAUCAAUUUAUUCUAUUGGAAGCAUAAAAUUAGAUGUUAUGGAAAAAGUUGAAAAAGGAAAAAGUAUAACCGCCGUUGUCAGUUUGUACAAUGAAAUAGGCCAAAAACUUAAUUCUGUACCUGAUAUCGAAUUGAUACGUUUAAAGCCGCUGGCAGAAUCAAACAUUAUUAAAGUAAAACCGUACCAGGACAAAAAUGUUUUACCGGGAGAAGUCAAAUAUUUAGUUAACGGAGUAGAACUUGGAACCACUUAUUUAAAAUUUACUGCUGGAUGCCCCGGUCAAGAAGUUUACAGCAAGUCUUCUCAAAUUCAGGUUUUUCCCGGUUUGACGGUGUAUCCCAGGAAUGUGACAAUGUUAGUAGGUUCCACUCUUCAGGUUAGUACCUUUGAUGGACCCGCUGAUGGUUUUGUGGAAUUUCACAUUGAAAAACCUUCUUUAGCCAAAGUGGAUUGCGAUGGAGUCAUAGAGGGAAUUAAAAUUGGGAAAACUCGGCUUCUAGCGAGAAGCGUGAGCACGCUUAGAGAAACAGGAGAAAAAGUUAUUGAUUCUGAAGAUUUUAUCGAAGUUAAUAUCGUGCCUCUGAAAGGAGUAUCGAUUCAUUCGCCGAUAACAAGAAUCGUACAGGGAGCUGUAAUGCCACUGUGGGCUGUAGGUUGUCCAGAAGAUUUGGAUUCCCUUCGGUUAGGAUCCACGAAAUACGAUCUCCUUUUCUUUUGGGAAAUAAAUAACGAAAACAAUGCUCAAAUAAAAACAAUUUUUCAAGAUAUGGGAAUACAGGUUCCCGAAAGCGAUCAGGUGACAAUGAGAUUCAAAGCUUUAAAGCCCGGUCGAGUCAUAAUCACACUCACCGUCGAAGUUCCUCCGCAAAUUUCUGGCACCGUGCGGAAAAGUAUUUUUACUGAUAGCCUGAUUGUUGAAAUAUAUCCAUCUUUAGAACUCCUCAAACCGGCAAACAUGAAUUUUAGAAGCCUCAUAUUAUCAGCUGAUUCGGAAGCAUAUUUAAGAACAAAUCGGGAAGGAAUCGGUUCUGGAAAAAUUCAAUAUUACGUUUCUCCUCUGCCGGGACCGAACGAAAAUACCGACAGUAAUACCAAUUGUGUCGUCACCGUUAGCGACAAUGGCAAAGCCAAAACGUACAACAAUUUCGGACGAGUUGCUGUUUCUUUUAAAAUCACCGAAGAUUUCGGUUUGAAAACGUGGCAUUCGGUGACCGUAGACGUCAAACCUGUACACUACAUCAUGCUUAACGUUGAUUCUAAGUUGAAAAUAAGAAGUACGGAACAAGUCCAAGUACUUCCAAGCGGCUUAGAUAUUGAUUUCUACGUCACUUUUCAUGAUAAUUUCGGAAAUGAAUUCGAUUCCGUACAAUCUAACAUUCUGCUGGAAUCUAAUCAAAAAGGUUCGUUGCAUUUUGGAAGAGGCGAAACUAACAAUUCGGUUGUUGUUUCCGUUAUUAGUAAAGGAUAUUCUAUGUUGAAAAUUUGGGAUGAUAAAGUUCCUCACAAACCGUCAGACUACGUGAAAAUCCACACCGGAGACAUAAUUUUUCCACUCCACAGGCAAGUCACUGUCGGUGAUGUUAUAUGUUUUCGAAUGCCUUUGACUUGCGGAGAAGAUCCAGCCACAGCGUGGUCCGUCAGUGAUUCUUACAUGAUUCAAUUUUGCGAUGAAAUAGCCGUCGGUUUAGCACUGAACAAAUUAGGAGAAGUACAAAUCUCGUAUCAAUCUAAAAAAAAAUUGACCACGGUUUUGGAAAUUAUGCCGAUACAAAAGAUUGAAUUUUUACCCACCGAAGUAGUUCUUUCAACGGUUUUAGGAACGGAAUAUUUAAUUCCUUUGGUGUUGAAGAGCUCGGUCGAUUCUAACGACAAAUUUAAUAAUCUCAUAUCUUACAACGGGUCCUGCAAUGCGGGAAGCGAAAACUUUAAAGUCACCACAUUUCCGUAUAUAUGCACGGUAGGCUUCGAUAAUCCGAUUCCGCCAAUGGAUAUUCGCAGCAUUUACAAAGUUUCCCCCGAAUUUGACAUACGAACGGGAUAUUAUUCAUGCAAGUUAACCGUCGUAUGUAAUCCAUCGAAAAAAAUCAGCACUCUCACGGAAUCGAUUGUUAUAAAUGCGGAAUUAUUAUUAGAAGAUAUAUCGGCCACCCCUCAAAUUUUAAACAUUUUGCCGGGAGUUUUUAUUCAGAACACAGAAUUGAAAGUUUCUCAAUCGAAACCGAACGACGUAUUGACCGUUAUCGGGAUACAAGAUACUCUAAUCGAGAUAAAAGUUUUGCCAGAGUACAAAAAUCUCAUUUCGAUAAACAAUGGCGAAGAAACAUUUAACAGUAAAUCGUUUGGAGUUGAGGUUGACGAAAGUUGGUGGACGAUGGAAGAUCCUCCACAACUCUCAGUCAUGGUUUGGUCAAAAGUGACGGAUCAAAAAAUAAAAAUUCCCAUCAGAUGCAUAGGACCCAAUGUUGCGGGUGGGAGCGAAGAACAAAGUAAAUGGCUUCAAUGGACGGUCGGAUUAUUUGUUUUGUUCAUAUCGAGUUUAGGUAGUAGCAUUGGAAAGGAAAAAUACGAUGAAGUAUUAAUGUUAAACAUCACUAAUGAAUUUUCAUCAUUAAUUUCAGUUUUAUACUGCAACUACAUUAGACCGUUGAGACCCACCGGAUAUUACACUGCCGAAUCAUAUUUUGCGAUGCCAUACGGGCAAGGAAUGGUACCCUGUCCAACGAAUCCGAUAGGACAACCGUCAGAAGACAAUUUGUACGUGAGACCUUUCGGGGAAUCACCCGUGUACGGAAGCCCUCAAAGACACAGGGGAACUGGAAACAGAGGAGUCACAUUUUCACAAUGA